GUUCUAUUUGGGAAGUUGGCAGCUCGCGGCAAGCUCUUUUACUCUCGCACUGGCAGUUCGACUCUGGAAUUAUGAGCAGAGCUGGUCAAUCCUGUAUCUUGUUUUGAAUUUUAUUCCCAGAGAAUUGAGACCAUGGAGAUGAGCAUUGUCAUCCUCAUUGCGUUCCUCCUCUCACAGGUUGUCCAUAUUGGAACCCAGGAGGAGGGGGAGAAGGGAUGCGUGCCUGGCUUUCAGGUGAAGGAGUACCAGGUGGAGUACAACAGAGGUUUCCAGAAGGACCAUCCUCUCACACAAAUGUUAUUUGAUGACUGUGUGGGAAACGAGGGCAUGGCGUUCGAGGUGUCCCACCCAGACUUCCAAGUUGAUGAGGAGAUGAACCUGGUGGCCAGACGGGAUGUGAUGGACAGCGGCACCGUCAUGUUCAUCCAUGGUGUCAAUGAGCAUGCUGAGGACAUGGCACAGGUGGACAUUGUAGGAGCUCUACCGCGGUCUCCUCAAACACUCAGGGAGAUCCUUGGCCUUGGACAGAUCCACCCCUACAGAUCAAAGAGAGCCCUGUUCGCCCCCCGCAUGCAUGUCAGUGAGAACAUGGAGCCCCCAUUCCCGAAAGUCAUUGGCACGCUUAUUGUGAUGUCGUCAGGCAUGGAGGAUGACCACAUCUUCCAUAUGACUGGGUCGGGUGCAGAUCAGGACCCAAAGGGGGUGUUCACCAUCAACAGGUUGACUGGAGAGGUGUCUGUUAGCCAAGAGCUGGACAGAGAGGCCAUCAAUUCCUACAUGCUGGAGGUGUCUGUGACAGACCAGAAUGGGAAGCUGGUGGAGGGUCCUGUAGCCCUGCUCGUGGACGUCAAUGACCAGAAUGACAACAGGCCCAUCUUCAAGGAGACCCGUUAUGCUGGAGAGGUGCUGGAGGGCUCACCUACAGGAACCGUGGUGAUGACGAUGACAGCGGAGGAUGCUGAUGACCCCAGGUUGCAGAACGCGGUGCUGCGCUACAACAUUGUGAGGCAGUCGCCCGACAAACCCUCACCCAACAUGUUCUACAUCAACCCGGAGAGCGGCAACAUUGUCACUGUCAUCUCCCCCACGCUUCUGGACAGAGAGACACUCCCCACUACGCAGUAUGAGCUGGAGAUCGUAGCCCAGGACAUGAAGGGAAGAGACGUGGGACUAACAGGAACAUCCACAGCAACCAUCACCAUCACAGACAAGAACGACCACGCCCCAGAGUUUACCCACUCACUGUUCCAGGCCAAUGUGGAUGAGGGCUCCACAGGGGUGGUGGUCAACCUGACUGUGGACGACAGAGAUGACCCUGCGACGGGGGCGUGGCGAGCCAUCUACUCCAUCAUCAAAGGUGACCCCACCCAGAGCUUUGAGAUCCAAACCAACCCUGACAACAAUGAGGGCAUGCUUUCCCUCAUUAAGCCUCUAGACUAUGAGAGCUUAGUGUUCCACACGCUGCUGAUCAAGGUGGAGAACGAGGACCCCCUGGUGCCAGAUGUGGGCUACGGCUCCAGUUCUACAGCCACCGUACACAUCACCAUCCUGGACGUCAACGAAGGACCAGUCUUCUUCCCCGACCCCCUUCAGGUCACCAAGAUGGAGAACGUACCCCUGGGAAGCUUCGUGGCCUUACUCAACGCCACCGACCCAGACGUCCUCCAAUCACAGAGCAUCAGGUUUGCAGUUCUGAGAGACCCGGCUAACUGGCUUAGUGUGAACCCGGUUAGAGGUACGGUCAACACCUCUGCCAAUCUGGACAGAGAAUCACCUUAUGUUCAAGACAACAAAUACACUGCCAUCUUCAUGGCCACAGACAACGGUAGCCCACCAGCCACUGGUACUGGCACUCUGGUCAUCCACCUGGAGGACUACAAUGACAAUGCUCCCUACGUUCACCCAUCUGUGGUACGGGUGUGUGAAGACGCCAGGGACAGUGUGGUGAUAGUGGGGGGGCGGGACAGGGACAUCCACCCCAACACUGGGCCCUUUAAGAUCGAGCUGGGGAAGCAGCCAGGGCUGGAGAACACGUGGAAGGUCUCCAGGGUCAACAACACACAUGCUCAGAUCAUGCUGCUACAGAAUAUGAAGAGGGCCAACUACCAGCUGCCUCUGGUGGUGACAGACUCUGGCCUGCCUCCGCUCUCCAACAGCACCGAGAUUAAGGUCCAGGUGUGCACCUGUAAGAAAAACAGAAUGGACUGCAGUGGUGCUGGCUCUGUACGCUCCAACCUGAUGUUGCUGCUGGGACUAGUCCUGCUCUCCCUACUCUGCCUGUAAAUUUUGCUGAAAUCUACUGUAGUCUACAUGCAACACUGAAGAGAAACAACAUAUCUCCCCUACGUGACCAAGCCUAAGGAAAGAGAAGACCUCUCACCAUAACGACAACAACUAGCAAACAAUUAAAAAAAUACAGUUCAGACUGGACCUCUGUGGUACUGAGCUUCUUGGGUGUCCCAACGAUAUCUCACCCAUCCGUGGCCCCAGGCUCCCCACCAGGUUUUAGUUACCCCCCCCCUUCAUCUCUACCUCACCCGUCUCUAUGUCCAUUACCGCCCCUAGCUCUGUUCCCCCUCACCUGAACAGUUGUCGUUGCCCCUGGUCUUCUCCCUUGCCCGUCCCUCUCCCACUCCUUGCCCGCCUGUCUUCUCCCUCCAUCGAUGUGUUGUCAUGGACACCACCGCCUAAAUGGACUCUUUCACUGGGAAAGGAAAUACUGCAUAGUCUGAGCUACUGGAUACUGGAUGGGGAAAAGCAUUUACUUUUUGAUGUAUUACUUUAUUUGAUCUUGUUUCCUACUGUAAUGAGAGACAAAAGCCAGUUUUUGUCUGCAGUGGUUGUGGUCUCUGUGGGCAAAAUGGUAGCCAUAAGCCUUCUCAAGUCAGAAGUUUCUGGAGUCUUUUGUGAUUUA